CCCAUCGAUUUCAUACAUCAAAUCGAUCCAAGAUAAGUCUUCUUCCCCAAUACUAUGUGUUCUUCCUGGGACGAUAGAAUCUUGCCUAAAUUGGAGUUUAAAGGGCUCAUCUGUGUACCAAGCAAAGUUCCAUCUGGUGUUCCUAGAAGGCUCUGUAUCCAACUCUUAUGGGAUUCUGAAUCUUUAUACCAUUGGACUGUAAUCAAGGACAUGGGAAAGGUUCCUCCGGUUUAUAUCUUGGCUGCCUUCAUCCCAGCUGUUAUGAUAACUGGGAUCUAUUUCUUUGACCUUAGCGUUGCUUCAACCUGUGAUGAUUAUAAUCUUAUCAAACUUACUGAUGGAAUUACUCUUCAAUAAAAGUGUAACACUAUUCAGGUUUGUUAAUUGCAAUUUUAUUAAAGAUAAUAAUGAAGCGCCAAUUUUCCAUUAUUCAGGUUUGUUAAAAGAUUCAUACUGUAAAUAUUUCUUUACAUAUAUCAUGAAAGGAUCAUAAAACAUAUGAUACAAAUGUUACAAAUGUUUUUUUAGUGGGAGACUCUUGCUCUGUUGCUUAUUGGAAUUAGCAUAAAUCAAAUGCAAGCUUUACCUGAGGGAAGUAGUAGAAUGGGUGUGCCACUUGAAAUGAGUUCAUAUAUCUAUAUAUUCAUUUUUGUAACUGUUCCAUCUUUGGCUUCUGUCUUCAAUGAAUAUGUACUGAAAAGUCAAUAUGACACAAGCAUAUACCUUCAGGUGAUCUCAAUAUUAUAUUAGUUAAAGUUUCGUUAUAUUUUGUGUUGUAAUUUUAUAUCCUAUUGUUCGAUUAAAAAAUUUGUUUUUGUAUGGAUAUGCUGCUAUAUUCAGUUUUCU